GAGCAGUGUAGGGAGAAAAAGGAAGGAGAAAACACGAGGAGGAGAAGGCUUUACCUUGUGUUGCUUGCUAUUGCUGCUAGUUCUUUUUCUUUCCUUCUUUCAUGCACACACACUUAACACAUAUAGUUAAACACACGCACGCACACACAUACACACACAUUUUUGCUUUCAAUGGACACAUGCACACACACUUAACACACACAUUUAGACACACUCACGUGCACAUGUUAAGUCCAUGUGCUUGUUACAAUGCAUUAAUGGCAGACACGGUGAGAGAGGAUUUCUUAAACUAAAGUGUCUUUCAAUGGAAAAGGACACUUGACACACCCUUCACACCCUUUUACAAGCUUUUUGUAAACAGCAGAUAAGUAGAUAGCCUGCAAGGUUAUUCUUAAAAGUCUUACAGCAACAACUCUUUUUUCAACGAGACCAAACAGGAGGAGCCAGACACGAAAACAAGCUUAACAGGUCACUUGUACGUGAUCGAACGGCAAGCUGGAGGUUAUGGCGUCAGAUGACGGGACGACAUACACGUACGUCGUGCCCGAGAAGCACCGGCGUGCACGCAACUGGACGGACUCGGAGAUGAAGGGUCUGAUGUACGUGUGGGAGGAGUACUAUGUGCCACUCAAGUGCGCCACGCGCAACGCCAAGAUCUACGAGAAGAUGGCCACCCGCCUCUACCAGAUCACUGGCGAGCACCGGCACCGCGAGGAGAUCAAGAUGAAGCUCACCAACAUGACCUUCCAGUACAGGAAACUGAAACAGACGACAAACGGCGUGGGCUCCGCAGACUGGCCCUACUACAGCACUAUCGACAACAUCCUGUCCAAGCCCUGUCCGCCCCCGGGAUCCAAAGACGACUCGGACCUGGCAGGCACAUCUAUGAUGAUGGGUGGGGCCAGUGCCGACCUGAGCUUGGGACCCAUAGAACACGACGACGACGGCGUGUCUGUAACAAUGACGGGGUUCAUACCCGAGUACACCGGGUCCUGUGACGAGAAGGACCUCAAGGUGGAAGAGCUGUCCGACAGCUCAGUCAGCGUUCUGUCGGGAGAUUCCAGGAGCAAUGCAUACCCUGCCUCCAAGCGCAGACGCAUGGUCCACCCAACAGCCACGUCAAUGCCACCCCACUCCUCCUCUUCUGCCUCUUCCUCGUCCUCAUCCGCUCUGAAGAAGAGGAAACUGCAGGUGAUGGAGGCCAUGCUUCAGGAGCAGAAGAAGAUGCGUCGUGCGGUGGAGGAGACGUGUCGCGAGGUGCAGCGGGUGGUGCAGCAGCAGAGCCUCAUGCAGAUGCAGAACCAGAAGCUGCAGGAGCGCAUGAUGAACCUGCUGGAGAAGAUGGUGCUGGCCAAGGAGUCACCCAAACCCUGACCUGAGGAGGAGGACGAGGUGGAGGAGGAGGAUGUGCUG